AAGUGUUAGCAGGGGCGGGAUCCUCGGGAUCCUGACACUCCUAUGCUGUUUACAUCUUUUCCUCCAGGACCGUGAUACGUGGCUGUUUGGGAGAAGCGGCGGCUAGCGGAGGCUCGUGCUGCUGCUGCUGGAGAGAAAAGCUCAGCCUGCCUUCACCAUUCAGCUGGCCUGGAUGGCAGGGACACACUGGUGCAAAGACUACCGAAAACUCAAGCAUUACUGGUUACAAGUGCUCUUUGGACCGUGGGACGGAUGAAAGGUGGAAACUGUAGACCGGGCCCCAGAUGGGCUCUCUGUGCUCUAUUUAUCCCUGUUACUCUGCUGAUGCUGACCUCCAGAGGGGCAUCAAGUAGACAGAAGAUGGCACAAACGGUUAUGGGUCAUGCAACAGCCACGGCUGCAGGACAAGGCCCCGGCCUGACAGAUAACCUCCCAGGCCUCCAGGCAGUAGUGGACUUCAUUGCCAGUGAACAGGCUCACGUUUGGCUCCUGUCUGUGGCGGGUUCAAUCGCUGUCGGCCUCAGCGGGAUUUUCCCCCUUCUUGUCAUUCCCAUCGAGGCUGGCGUAGCGCUCAAAACAGAAGCUGGAUGCCAGAAGCUGAAGCAGCUCUUAAGCUUUGCUAUUGGUGGUCUUCUUGGUGACGUGUUUCUUCACCUUCUUCCUGAGGCGUGGGCACACUCUGGCUCCUCAGCUAAUAAACAAAAGCACUACGUGACCCAGGGCUUGUGGGUAAUUGUUGGCCUGCUGGCCUUCCUGCUCCUGGAGAAGAUGUUUCCAGACCAAGACAUCCAGGAGGAUCCAGCUGCAAACUCGGACCUGAACUGUAACACUCCCACUCAGUCUAAUUCAGUUUUCAGUGAAAAAGCAGCGGUGUCGCGCAGGAACGGCCACUGUGCCGAGUCAUGGAAAUCCUCCAAGCAACAGAGUCUGCAGGAAAGAUCUGCGAAAAUUAAGACGAGUGGAUACCUGAACCUACUGGCCAACUGCAUUGAUAACUUCACUCACGGACUGGCAGUUGCUGGAAGUUUCCUGGUUAGCAAAAAGGUUGGGUUCCUCACCACCUUUGCCAUCUUGCUCCAUGAAAUCCCUCACGAGGUGGGAGACUUCGCCAUUCUGCUGAGGGCGGGCUUUGACCGAUGGAGUGCCGCUCGCAUGCAGCUGCUCACAGCGCUGGUCGGGGUCUUGGGAACCUGCUUUGUCCUGUGUACUCAGUCACCUAAAGGCACCGAAAAUGCAACUGCCUGGAUUUUGCCUUUCACUUCGGGAGGAUUUCUCUACAUAGCACUGGUCAAUGUGGUACCUGACCUGCUGCAGGAGUCCAGUUUAAGGCAAACUCUUCUUCAGAUCCUGCUUAUUUGCUGUGGCGUGGCCGUCAUGGCUCUGCUCUCUGCGGUCGUCGACUGCUCAUAGAGGCCUCGCGCAAACACUAAAACUCACCCCGCACCUCAUAUCCGCUCCUAGCUUUUGACCGAGCGAUUACACGUCUAUGACAUCACCACCACCACCACGUCCCACUCCACUAAAAACAUGUCCGACAAGAGAAUGGCACUUUAUGGAAGGACGAGUGCCACACUCGAGGGACUUCUUUGGGUGUCUGUUACCAAAUAGUUGUUGUUGUUAUUGUUGUUGUUGUUGACAAUCACGUUGUUUUGCACAUUUACAGAGAGAAACCCGAAAUGAUAUAUUUUUUACAAGGAUUUCCUCCAUUUAAAAUCAGUCGAACUCUAAACAGUGUUUUAACAGAAUCGUGACUGUCGUGCGUGUUCAGUUUCCGAUGUAGCUGCUGCAUAUUUAUUUAAAAAAAAGACACUAUCACUCUUGUUAAGAAAAAUAAGUGCCAGGGAGUCGGGAUGUUAGCAGUGGCUUUUGCUCUAUAUACCAAAGUGUACAGUUCAUUUCCCCCGUUUGUGUCUCCUUUUUAAACACAGGUCGGUGCUUUGAAGCCUCCAACUGAAUAAAAGUUUGGGAUGUAAGUUACAGAUCGACACCGCUACUGUAUUUACGAGUAUUUACAUUAGCAGUUUAAGAAGAUACGAGUCAUGGGACGGACAUACAGGAUGUGGAAGUUUGUGCUCUAAAUAAACUGUAAAUUUCUCUAAAUU